AUGCCUACUCCAACGUUGUACUACUUCCCGAUGAGUCCACCGGCUCGUUCAGUACUGCUGCUACUUAAGGAGCUAGGAUUGACUGUGAACCUGAAGGAGGUCAACCCUAUGGUUGGUGAAACGCGAACGGAGGAGUUCAUGCGCAUAAAUCCGGAACACACCAUCCCAACGCUGGAUGACAACGGGUUCUAUCUCGGCGAGUCGCGCGCCAUCUUGACGUACCUGGUCGACGCCUACCGUCCCGGCCACUCACUCUACCCGAACAUCCCGAAGGAGAAGGCCCUCAUUAAUCGCGUGCUGCAUCAUGAUUUGGGUGCGUUCUAUCCCAAGUUUGGAGGCUCAUACGGUGGUUUGUUCAGCGGAGCGCAAACAGAGAUCACGGAAGAGAAUAAGGCCGCCGCCCAAAAGGCAUUGACCGAGCUGGAACACUACCUCGUCCGGAAUGACUUUUUCGCGGGAGAAAAUCCGACUGUGGCGGACCUCUCCUUACUUCCAACGAUCGCAACGGCUGUGCAUUGUGGCCUGGAUUUGACCAAAUACAAGCGACUGAAUGAGUGGUACGAAAACUGCCGCCAGCUGAAGGGAUUCGAGGAUGACCAGGAAAUUGCCCGGCAGGUGGGCGAAUUUCUACGAUCCAAGUUUCCUGAAGGACUCCAGGCGUUAAACUAA